AUGGACCAACAGGACUUCGCGCUGGCCAGGAAGCCAUGGGGUCAAGCCCUGAGCACAGCAGCACAAGAAGCAAGUCAUGGACUCUUGGAACCCUUGAACGGAUGUGAUUAUCAUCUCUACAUCCGCAGAGCCGGACAGGAUGCUGAAAAGCUGGCCGAGGCGCUGUUUAAGCUUCAAGCCAACCCCGAUGCAAAUGAAAUAAUCCAGUUCAUCAUUCGCAGGAACAUCGAGGUGCUGCGCGGAUUGCAAGAAGUCUGCCACGAUCACUUUAACGUUGUCAGGAAGAGAGCAAUUGAUGUCAUCCAGGUGGAUCUCGAAUACAGUGGAAAGUAUAACAAAGCUCAAGUUCGCAAGUUCGUCCAAGAAGUCUGUGGUGCAUCCGAUGAGCAGCAGCGCUGGGUCAAUAUUUUAGGCCUUGAAAUCAACGUAUCAGAGGUUGCCCUGAAGCGUCUAAGCAUUGCCAAAGAGGCGGCAGGUCUGGUCCAAAAGAAGAGGGCAGAGACAAUUAGCGAUGAGGAAGAGCAGGCGCUGGGAGACUUGUACAUCGAGUUCCAAAGCUGGCGGGCUGUGUUGUUACGCUGGGUUUUGCAGCUAAACAAGUUGACCGGCAACGGCGAUUUCCUGCGACGCCAUCGAAACGAGCUUUGGGAUAUCGUCGACAGCGAAUUGGAGGGGUGA